AUGAAUUGUCCAAAGGAAGCCCCAUAUAUGACAGCUUAUUCUUGUGAUGGUGUGUGUUACUCUGGGAAAAAGUCUUGUUCGGUAACCUGUCCAAAAUCCCAUCCAUUUGUCUUCCAUUCCCGUGAUAUUAAACACUGCUUAAGGGAAUGCCCAGAUUUUACAGCAGUUAAUGGAUAUUCCUGCGAUACAAUGUGUCCACAUGGGCUUCCUUUGCUUUUCAAUAGAAGCUGUAGAAAGGAAUGCCCAACAACUUACCCAUUGAUGUAUCUCAAGACAUCAUCCUUCAACAGGAUAUGGGUCUGCACCAAACAAUGCCAGCCUGACAUGGCAUCUUUUAAAAAUGUUUGUGUUUCUGUAUGUCCAAACAAUACCUAUCUUGAUAAGGUAGAGAACAAGAAAUGCGUCGAAAAGUGUGGUAUUCUUCGGCCAUUUGUAAAUGAAAAUCCAGUUUUUAAAUCAACUAUUUAUCAUAAGCAAUGCCUUGUUCGCUGUCCUGCGGAAAAAUAUGCGCUAUAUCUGAGCAGCAUAAGCCAAUGUGUCAAGGAAUGUCCAAAAAACUUUUACUUAUUUAACUACACCUGUCUUUCACAGUGUCCUGAAUCCCAUCCGUACAAAAGUGUAAUGUCUUUAAAAGAAAAUCAAACUCUUUUUUGUGUUGAAUAUUGUAAAGAAAAUGAAUUUCUCUACAAUGACACUUGCUACAGUCAAUGUCCAGAAGGUUUAGUGCACUACUUAUCUACAUGUAAAGAACAAUGCUUUGGAUCAUUUCCCUUUUUAUAUAAACACAACAGAACUUGUGUUCGAGAAUGUUCGGACGGCUAUGUAUUGAAUAGAAAUAUAUGUGACGAAAAAUGUCCCGAAGACGCAUUCUAUGUUGAUAACAGAAUUUGUGGCUCAAACUGUAACAACAAUAACUCAUUAUAUGUUGUUUCUGACAUUGGCAAUGUAUGUAUGGACUCUGAUACUUGUCCAAAAGAAACAGUUUUGUUGGAAGGUACAAAAAAAUGUAUUCAAAUGUGUCCAAUAAAAACCCAUAUUUUGAUAGAUAAUGUGUGUUCAAACGUCAACAAGUGUCCAAAUUCCUCAUAUUUCAUUGAAGAUCCCACAAAUGGGUAUCGAUGUACAGCAAGAUGCCCCUUUUCUUUUCUCAUUAACGGAAGACAUUGUGUCAGAUGGUGUCCUCGGAAUAUGGUUAUUGUAGAUGAUACAUGUGUUGACAACUGCACAAGCAUAAAGCCAUAUGGAUUGAAAAACGAAAGUCUUAAUGGAACUGUUUGCUACUCAGUGUGCCCAGAUACGUAUGUGACUUAUCUGAAUGAAUGUAUCAGCCAUUCCAUGUGCCUUUUCGGUAAAAAGUUGUAUAUAUAUGGAAAUACUUGCUAUCAAAAUUGUCCCCCACGUGCGUUUAUUAGUCUAGUAGAUUCGUACCGUGUUUGCGAUACCAUGGAAAACAUACCAUCUGCUCUAGAUAUAGGCAUUUUUGUUUUUCUUCUUGUCUUAAGUACUUUGUUAUUUUACUUGAUAUGUUGUUUUCAAGGAUUACCUCGCUGUUUAUGUCGAGACGGUGAUGUUUUCGAGACGACUUCAUCGACAGAUAAUGCAAUUGAUGGCGUCGACAACAAUGGAAUACAGAUUACCGAGUUUGAAAACCAAUAG